UAACACAAAAUAUUUAAGGUCUUUCCUUCUCCCACUACCUGUCUCUGUCUCUGUCAUCACUUAUCUCUCUUAUGCACUAAGCAAUAAGUAAGUGGCAUGGGUAUGAUUGCUGUUUUCAAGUUCUGAAAUUUAUUGACUAUUUUGCUUGUUCUUGGAAUUCCUAUUUCUGGGUUUGUAUUCUUUUUGCAACACCGAAAUGAGUACUGAGGAAAUGCCUGUGAGUGAGGAACAUGAUGCGGCUUCUUGUAGAAGAACAGUUUCUCUUCCAGUUCACAAGGUUGAUGAUCCAAUGGGGAUAACUGAAGAAACCACACAUGUUCCUCCUCGGAAGCGACAGAAUCUUCUCCUAGAAAUACCGUCAAGAACACCAGACGAGUGUUCCAAAGAUUUUGUUGCAGUUAAAAUGCCACUGACACCAAGUCCCACUCCCACACCCAAGAGAGUGAAUUUUCUUGUGAGUUCUCGCUCUGUAGAUGCUCCAACAAAUAAUUCUCCGGGGCCUUCAACAUCAAAAGGCAAAUCAUCUAUAAGAAACCUCCUACCAAAAUUGAGUUUCAGGUAUCGAACACCAUUAGAUAUUGAAAAGUCUACUAGUGGAGCUCCAGAAAUUUCCUCUUCAGGCCAUCGAGAAAAGCCUUCAAUCUCAAGAUCAUUGUCCCUUAGUAAGAUAUUUACUCCUAGGAUUAAGAGAAUGUCAUCAUUACCAGAAGAAGAAAUUGGACAUUCAAACCCAGAAUCUGCUCAUGCCGGAAGUGUUGGUGGUCCUCCAAAUAAAAGAGAGGCCCAGAAGAAGAUAGCUCGCUCUCUUUCAGUGCCUGUCAACAGCAAAGAAAAAAGCAUAAGGAGGAUGGAUUCAUUUUUCCGUGUUGUUCCUUCUACUCCUCGAGUAAAGGAAGGAAAUGAAUUGUUGACCACUUCUCCAACAAAGGAUACUGAAAAUGACGGUUCUAAUGGUGAAGACAUACCUGAAGAAGAGGCAGUAUGUAGAAUCUGUCUGGUUGAUCUAUGUGAAGGAGGUGAGACCUUCAAGUUGGAAUGCAGCUGCAAAGGUGAACUUGCUCUGGCUCACCAAGAAUGUGCUAUUAAAUGGUUUAGUAUCAAGGGUAACAAGACCUGUGAUGUGUGUAAGGAGGAUGUUCGGAACCUACCUGUGACACUAUUACGGAUCCAAAGCAUUCGCAGUCGGAUUACUGGAGCAAAUAGGUUUCAGCAGGAAGAUGGAAAUGGGUUCAGGAUUUGGCAGGAAGUCCCAGUGCUUGUCAUUGUCAGCAUGCUUGCCUAUUUCUGUUUUCUUGAGCAGCUAUUGGUUGAAAAAAUGGGAACCGGUGCAAUUGCCAUAUCUCUUCCAUUUUCCUGUGUACUGGGUCUACUCUCCUCCAUGACAUCAUCAACCAUGGUGAAGAGCAGGUUCAUCUGGAUUUAUGCAUCUGUUCAGUUUGCUCUUGUGGUUCUCUUCGCACAUAUAUUUUACUCCGUGGUUCAUGUGCAAGCAGUUCUGUCAAUUCUUCUUGCAACAUUUGCUGGUUUUGGUGUGGUAAUGAGUGGAAGUUCUAUUCUUGUGGAGUUUUUUAGAUGGAGAAGAAGAUGGCUGGCUUUAUCAGAGCUGCAACAUGGCCCUCAACAGAUGACACAAGCAGGACAAUACCCUCAAACUGUAGACACGCUGCGUUCUGGCCCUCCAAAUCCUAGUCAGCCAGUGUUGCAAAAUCAACAGAACUCAAAUCAGAGCUGAAUGGAUGUUUUUUGUGGCUUCUUUUAACAAGCUAGGGGCAGCAGAUGGUUGUUUUUCAUUCAGGGUUUGGAAGAACUUAAUGUUCAUAGGGAAUAUUACUUUACAUCGACAAGAGACUUCAUUGUACAGCUUAUGUGUAGCACCAGAAUGACUUAGAAUAUAUAGCUUCUCUUGCUAUGGAAUUUCUGAUUCGUUGUUUGUACUGAGCAGUUCAGCACAUUAAAACCAGAAGGCUUGUGACCUUCUUUUUUGUAGUCUUGGGUGAGGGAAACAGUGAUUUUGUUUUUUUGGUCAAAGUGAGAGGGACAAAAUUUGAGAUCAUCAGUUUGUGAGUUUGUCUUUAGAAGUUUUGAUCAUUCAUGGGCCAAUGCCAUGUGUAAUGAAUGAUGGAGGAAACUAAAUGGAGCAUUAUCCUGGAAAGGGGGAUAACCCUCCUCAAGAUUAUGCAAACCUUUGUCUUAAAGUCAUUUGGACUUAAGAAAAAGGUAAUGUAAUAUAAAUUUGCCUCCCUUCAAGUUCAGUUUUCAAGUU